UCACAUUCAAGAAAUCGAAUAUUCAUUAUCAAACCGUUCAUUCAUAUUAUACUUUUAUAAGUUUCAUAUUUCAUUUGUUAUAUAACGAACUGUGUAAUACAGUAAAUUUAUUCUCUAGUAUAGUAUUUUCAUUUGACUUAUAGCCGUUUGUGUAAAUUAUAUCAAUAAAAAUGUUUAAAAAAUUAGCUUCAUCUGUUGUAUCUAGCUAUUUAACUCAAAAUCUUACAAAAAAUGCACCCAAGGUGAACCAAAGUGCUUUACGUACAUUUUUUUCUUCUCCUACAACUUACGUCAAAGUUCAACAGGCUGCACCAGAAUUUGAAGGAAAAGCAAUUGUUAAUGGAGAAAUAAAAGAUAUUAAAUUGUCUGAUUUUGCUGGAAAAUAUGUAGUGUUGUUUUUUUACCCACUGGAUUUCACAUUUGUAUGCCCAACUGAAUUGAUAUCAUUCAGUGAUCAUAUUGAAGAGUUUAAUAAAAUUGAUGUUCACGUGAUAGGAUGUUCAUGUGAUUCACACUUUUCUCAUUUAGCAUUUAUCAAUACACCUAAAAAGCUUGGUGGUUUGGGUGGAUUAAAGUACCCAUUGUUGUCUGAUUUCAAUAAAGAAAUUGCUAAGGCCUAUGAUGUUUUAAUAGAACCAGAUGGUAUUCCACUCCGCGGUCUUUUCAUAAUAGAUCCUAAGGGUUGUAUAAGACAAAUAACUAUAAAUGAUCUGCCCGUUGGACGUAGUGUAGAUGAAGUUAUACGGCUUGUCCAAGCUUUCCAAUUUGUUGACAAAAAUGGAGAAGUUUGUCCAAUGAACUGGAAACCAAACAGCCCAACAAUCAAACCAGAUCCAAAUCAAGCAAAAGAGUAUUUUGAUAAAGUUAACAAGUGAUGCAUUCUUAAUUAUAUAGAAACAAAUAAAGCUUGUUGAGAGAUAUAAUUAGAUAUAAAGUAUUUUCAUUCUUUAUGUUAUAAUAAUCUACUUCUUGAAACAUUUUAUUAGAUAUUUAUGUUAAAUUGUGUUUUAUUUUUAAUUGCAUUUAGUUGUGUUUGAAUGGCUUUAU